AUGAGCGAUUCAAAGGUGUUCAAGUUGCGCAAGUACUCUUCUCUUAGGGCCGGUGUGUGGGACCACUUCCCUUCGAGAAACGACAUCUCGUUAGUUGUGUUGGGAGGAAAUGUUUUCAAGGUGAUCUGGAGAGCAACCGUGGAGUUUUCCCUUGCCGAGGUAGACGGUCUCUCCGUGUUCCAUAGGGAUACAUCUAUGGGCUUUAGCUACAUGUCAUUGGGAAAUGGAUUGUCGGAACAUGUCAAAUUCCAAAUCAAGUUCAUCUCUGCGAGUGAGAUCCAGAGCUGUUGCAAUUACUUGAAAACGUUGCCAAUAUCACUCGUAGAUACCCAGGUGUCUCAGUCUGUCUUUCCCAGUGACGGUGCCUUCCUGUUUAGUCAGAAAAGUCAGUUACAUGAUUUGAAUAACUUUCAAGGCACGUACGCUGCAAAUCUAGAACCGAGAGGUAAUGAGCUGGAAUCUUUAGACUUUGCAAACUUGUUGCCUCCAGUUUCUCUUUCACCGAUUUCAUUUCCCUGUGACCCACUAAAAGACGAGGGGAUGUACCAAACUUUAUCACAAAUAUUGAAUUACGACUCACCGGGAAAAAAGUUCAGUAAAAGUACAAGCCAAAGUAAUUGCAACGAAAUGUCUGAUGAGGAACUACAGAAAUACAUUGUUGAAAAGAUAAAGGACGAAAACUUUAUGAAGUCUGUGGAAAGAGUUGAGCUAAUAUUGAAAAGAUUGCAAGAGACAACAUGA